GUGCCGCUUUGGACGUUGCCGCGAUCGUGAUCAUGUGGCGACUACUGUUGUUGUUGCUGUUCCACUCCGCUGUGGCGCUGUUCGAGGAGUGCAAUCAUCAGGUGACGCUGUCAACGGGACAGAAGCUGCUCAUCAACUCUCCCUAUUAUCCUGGCUGGUAUCCGGUGGGAACUUCCUGCCGCUACUCGGUGGAGGCGCCCCGUGAUCAGGUGCUGCAAUUCAAAUGCGAGCUGCAACUGCAAACGCUAGCCACGGACCUGCAGUGCCGAACGGAGGCGUUUCACUUCAAUUCCGAGGGCGAUGAGGUGUUAACAAGUUCCGAAUACUUUUGUGGCAGCGGAAAAUUCGAGCGCAAAAGUUUUCUCAAUCGUGCCGUCAUUUCCUACAUUUCUCACGGCACAGCGAAGCCCCCGCCAGCCGUGAAGCUAAAGGAUAAGCUCUCGGUGCCGGCAGCAACAACAACCACUACAGAGUCGCCGCAAGCUGGGUCCAUCGAGCAGCAGCAGGAGGAUGAAGAAGACGAAGACGAGGACCUGAGCGACGAGGUGCUGCACGUGCUACAGGAUGUGGGCGUUAGCGAUGCCCUGGCCUACAUGGCCUCCCUCCUGUACGACGAGUCAGAGCCAGAGUCCAACAACGAUGCUCGCCACACGCCGGCCACAAUUGUCCUCCGCCACUUGCCAAAUCGCACCUCAAAGACUUCCGCAAAACGUGCCAAGAUUGUGUCGAGUUACCCGUCCGCCUUUGCCCUCGGAGGCGGCCGUUUCUCCUGCCUCGUGGAGGCCAUUGUGCCCACGUGCAGCUGCGGCUGGAGUCGUUUGCCACGGAUAGCCAGUCCCACCAACGAGGAGGCCGCCCUGCACGAGUUCCCCUCGAUGGCUGGCGUACUAACAAAGCGUCAGGGAAAAAUCUUCUGCGGUGCAGCGAUCAUUCAUCAUCACUACUUGUUGUCGGCUGCCCAUUGCUUUCUCGGUGCGGAGACGGGCAGCGCUUCCCUGCUGCGCGUUGUGGUGGGCGAGCACGAUCUGUCCAGCGUCUACGAGACGUUCUUCACCCGCCGCUACGACGUGGAGUCCCUCAUCCUGCACGAGCAGUUCAGCCAGACCAAUGGACAGCUGAGGAACGACAUAGCUCUGCUGCGGACACGUCUGCCCAUUGCCUGGAGUCGGUAUGUGGGUCCGGCCUGCCUGCCGCUGCAACCGACGAUGGGUGGCAAAAAGCUGCCGCUGGCGGGCCACCAGGUAGUUGCUGCCGGCUGGGGCACCACCUCAUACGGCGGUCCACAGACCCAUCGCCUGCUGAAGACCACCCUCGAUGUGAUCAACGGCCAGCGCUGCCGGGAGACUCUCUCCUCGUCGGGCACUGGUGUUCCGCCGCACAGUUUCUGCACGUACACGCCGGGCCGGGACACGUGCCAGUACGACUCGGGCGGUGCGCUGUACGAGAGGAUCAAUGGCCGCCUGAUGGCCGUCGGUAUUGUGAGCUUCGGCCAUGCCUGCGCCACCAACCAGCCAUCGGUCAACACGCGUGUGGCCUCCUUCAUCAAGUGGAUACGAGCGAAGAGUCCCGAGGUGGCCUAUUGUCCGAGCAGAGUCUAGAAUUAAUGUGUAGAAAAUAAAUGGAAAAUCCCCAUUUGCUGCUUGUUCCAUUUUUGUCGUGCCACUUUAACCCUUAAGUGGGUGUCAAGUUUGUCGCUUUGCCUGAACGCGUUCGUCGCGAGCAUCGCCAUUCAUUCGCCUAUCAAUGAUGCAUGCCUGUCGGAACGCUUCACUGGAGCUGUGCGAGU